UCCUUCGCUUUUCGCCGCCCUCCAUGACCAUAUAUGGUUCGUCUGGCGGUUUCGAGAGCGGCUACAUCCACCCGGCAAAGAGUGGACACGAGACAUCAGUGUGCUCCCGACAUACGAGGUACGGAGACAUCAGCCUUGGACAACCAUGCCGUCAGACCUGGCCAAAAAGAAGGCGGCCAAGAAGAAGGAGGCAGCCAAAGCCCGUCAGAGGCCCAAGAAGUCUGACGAAGCAAACGGGGACAGCGAUCAACCCGAGAUCCAAGAGAACGAGAACCAGGAGAACGGAGAAGACAGCAAUGGUGUUUCCAGCCUAACCAAGGAGCUAGACGAGUUUGAGCUGCGGAAGACGGAGGCUCGGGCCGUGACGGGCGUUCUCGCCUCCCACCCCAACAGCACGGACGUCCACAUCAGCAGCCUGUCGCUCACCUUCCACGGCCAAGAGCUGCUGGCAGACACCAGCUUGGAGCUCAACUCGGGGCGACGCUAUGGUCUCAUCGGCCUCAACGGCACAGGAAAAUCCAUGCUACUGUCAGCCAUCGGCCACCGUGAGAUCCCCAUUCCAGAGCACAUAGAUAUUUACCACUUAACCCGGGAGAUGGCGCCCAGCGAGAAGACGGCCCUGCAGUGUGUCAUGGAAGUGGACGAGCAGAGGAUAAUGCUGGAGAAGGAGGCAGAGAGACUUGCCCACGAAGACUCCGAGUGCGAGAAGCUGAUGGAGCUGUACGAGCGUCUGGAGGAGCUGGAUGCGGACAAAGCGGAGAUGCGAGCCUCUCGGAUCCUCCACGGUCUCGGUUUCAGCGCUGCCAUGCAGCAGAAGAAACUGAAGGACUUCAGCGGAGGGUGGAGGAUGCGCGUCGCCCUGGCCAGAGCUCUGUUCAUCAAGCCCUUCAUGCUGUUGCUGGAUGAGCCCACGAACCACUUGGACCUGGACGCUUGUGUGUGGCUGGAAGAGGAGCUCCAGUCGUUUAAGAGAAUCCUCGUGCUCAUCUCGCACUCCCAAGACUUCCUGAACGGCGUGUGCACCAACAUCAUCCACCUGCACCAGAGAAAGCUCAAGUACUACACGGGUAACUAUGACCAGUAUGUGAAGACCCGAGCGGAGCUGGAAGAGAACCAGAUGAAGCGUUUCAACUGGGAGCAGGACCAGAUAACACACAUGAAGAACUACAUCGCCAGGUUUGGCCACGGCUCGGCCAAGUUGGCGCGGCAAGCGCAGAGCAAAGAGAAGACGCUGCAGAAGAUGGUGGCGUCAGGCCUGACUGAGAAAGUCGUGAAUGACAAGACUCUGUCAUUUUAUUUUCCUCCCUGUGGGAAGAUUCCUCCUCCUGUUAUCAUGGUUCAGAACGUGAGCUUCAAGUACAGUGACAGCACACCGCACAUUUAUAAAAACCUGGAGUUCGGUAUCGACUUGGACACCCGGGUGGCUUUGGUGGGACCCAAUGGCGCUGGGAAGUCCACAUUACUGAAGCUGCUUAUGGGAGAGCUCCUCCCUACCGAUGGCAUGAUUCGCAAACAUUCUCACGUAAAGAUCGGCAGAUAUCACCAGCACCUGACGGAGCAGCUGGAGCUGGACCUCUCUCCUCUGGAGUACAUGAUGAAGUGUUUCCCUGAGAUCAAAGAAAAGGAGGAGAUGAGGAAAAUCAUCGGCCGCUACGGCCUGACGGGAAAACAGCAGGUCAGUCCGAUCAGGAACUUGUCAGACGGUCAGAAGUGCAGAGUGUGCUUUGCCUGGCUGGCCUGGCAGAACCCCCACAUGCUGUUCCUGGACGAGCCCACCAAUCACCUGGACAUCGAGACGAUCGACGCGCUGGCAGAAGCAAUCAACGAGUUCGACGGCGGCAUGAUGCUAGUCAGUCACGACUUCAGGCUAAUUCAGCAGGUGGCUCAAGAAAUCUGGGUGUGUGAGAAUCAGACCAUCACAAAGUGGAAGAGCAACAUCCUGGGAUACAAGGAGCAUUUGAAGGCGAAGAUAGAAAAGCAGUAAACGCUGGCGAUCUUGAGCUCUGGGCCUCCCGUUAAUAUCUGACAUCAUGGACCUGCAGGUUUCUGACAGGAUGAGCAGGAAACUUCUUACCCAACAGAAACUAUUAUGCAUCCUACUGGACUCGUCUCUUGUACACGUAGUACUGCAUCUCCUCACGGUUUAUCUCCCCCCCCUCCCUCCAUCUCACCCCGUCACCUCAGGCUGCACUCUGAUUGGCUGAUCCACCUGGAAUGCAUUCCAUUGUGUCGUCUUCAAAGUCUUUCUGUUCCUUCUUAAUGUUCAGUUUUAUCCCAACAUGUAGGCAGCAGCUUUUAGGUCAUUUUUAUGAUAUUUAAAAAGUGACUUUUUUGUUUUUCUCCCCCCCCUUCAGUGUAAAAGAGCAGUUCUGCCUUAUUUGACAGUAAUGCAAUAAAGGUUUGUCUCAAUAAAAACAUUAAAAACCGCACAA